AUGUCGCGAAACCCGGUCGGGCUCGCCUUUACAAGCUUGCUUCUUGCGGUCGCUCGUGCGCCCCAAGGUUCGCUGUACGGCGCCGACACCAUCAACGGAUACAAGUAUGCCGAGGUGCCAUCGGGCGAGCACUACAUUCUGAAUUCCACAAAGACGCUACAGGAUGCGCUACCGGACGGCAGCAAGGACCCCAAGGGCCGGUAUGGCAACUGGCGCGGCACCGAGGAUACCGAGGAUACCUGUUCACUGACUUGGGAGUUUCACUAUUGGACCGUCUGCUCAAAGCAGCCCAACGACGCGACCCUGAUCCAGUCUGGCGUUGGAAAGAGGUCGGGCAAAAUGUACUUUACGAUCCGGCCCGGAGCCAAGCUGCCGAUUGAUGCGGUGCGCGAUUACCAGGGCUUGUGCGCUAGAGGGAACCGCUGA